CAAAGGUUGCAAGAUUCUGAGCCCUGUUCACAGCCCAGUGAAUGACCUAACGGUACAGUUUUUUACGAUCAAAUCAUUGCAUAACACAUAGAUUUUAACUUUUAACAACGCCACCAUGGAACUAGAUGUUUUAAAGCAAAAAUCUAUUGAUGCCUAUAAACGAAUUCGUUCAAAUGUUCGACAUACAGCCAUAGAUUAUUCCCCGUGGCUUAGCGCGUUAGGAGAGGCAAAUGUCUAUAUCAAAUGGGAAAGUGAGCAGAUAACUGGAUCAGCCAAAGCCAGAGGGGCAUUCAACAAGCUGCUUACUUUAAAAGAAGAUAACCCUGAUAUGAUAGAAAAGGGAGCUGUUGCUGCAUCAACUGGAAAUCAUGGAGCUGCAUGUUCCAAGGCAAUGCAUGUCUUAGGGAUCAAGGGUGUGAUCUAUGUUCCUGCAAUGGCAGAGGAUUUCAAGCGUAAAAUGAUCGAGCAGUUUGGCUCUACUGUUGAGCAGUAUGGUCACACUUGUGCUGAAGCAGAAUCAAAGGCAAGAGCUGUCAGUCAGGAAAAAGGAAUUCCUUACAUUUCACCCUCCAAUGACUGGGAUGUCAUAGCUGGCCAAGGUGCUUUAGGUUAUGAGCUUCACCAAGACCUCCCUGAGAUUGAUGUAUUAUUUGUAGCUGUGGGAGGAGGGGGUAUCAUUGGUGGUAUGGCAGCCUACCUCAAGUCUGUUAAACCCAGCAUCAAGAUCAUUGGAUGUGAGACAGAUCAGUCUCCAGUUAUGUCAGAAUCACAGAAAGCUGGCAAGAUAUUAGAGAUGCCGCACAAGGACACAUUGUCAGAUGGAACUGCUGGUGGUGUGGAACAAGGAUCUGUAACUUUUAACCUGUGCAAAAGGGUUGUUGACCAGUGGGUGGUGGUGACAGAAGAAGACAUGAGUAGAGCGAUAUACAAUGUCUUAGAACACCAUCAUAAGAUUAUAGAGGGUUCUGCAGGCUUAGCCGUUGCUGGAUACGUCAAGACUAAAGAACAGCAUGUUGGAAAGACUGUGGCAAUAUUGUCAUGUGGUAGUAAUAUCAGUAUUGAAAAAAUUAAAGCCAUUAUCAAAACACAUGGAUGAAAAACAGGAUUUAGUGCAAGCAGUUUUAACAUUGAAGAAAAAUUGCCAUUAAUAAAAUUUAGUGUUCCUCACUUUC